UCCAGACUCCAGACCACGUCUUUCAGUACGCAGGACGACAGGGGACACUGCGCUUCGAACCAACGCUACCUAGCUUCAGCAAGUUGCGUUCACUUUGCGCGCUCGCAGGCAGUGGGUGGGUAUUUAGGACCCCUUUGAUCGAUCGCCUCCUGCUCACCAAUUUCCCUCUCUUCCUCUUUUCGAGCUGCCGCUGGUGUUGCGUGACACUUUUGCCCGUCCCAAAUCCGGGUGCAGUUGUGGGGCUGCUGUACCGCACUGCUCGCCGUUUCCUGAUCUAGCUAUUCUUCUCUGCUAGUAACACCCAUUUGGUCGUCUGAUCUGGUCUCAUUCUCCUUUAGUUCUCUCUUCGGUGUGCGUGUGUGCCAGUGUGCGCAGGACGGAGGCAUGUCGAAGAUCGUGGUGAAGCUGGAUUUGCAUGACAACAAGGACAAGCAGAGGGCCUUGAAGGCCGUCUCCGUGCUCGUCGGCAUCGACGCGAUAUCGAUUGACAUGGCGACGCGGAAGAUGACGGUGAUCGGCACGGUGGACCCGGUGAACGUGGUGAGCAAGCUCCGCAAGGCGUCGUGGGCGGCCCACAUCGAGUCCGUCGGCCCGGCCAAGGAGCCCGAGAAGAAACAAGACAAGAAAGAAGACAAGAAAGACGAAGCCAAGAAGGAAGGCGACGGGGCCGCCAAGAAGGAGGAGUCCGGAGACGCCAAGAAGGACGACGGCAAGAAGGAAGGCGAAGAGAAGAAGGACGGCAGCGGGGACGGCAAGAAGAAGGAAGACGGCGGCGGCGGGGACAAGAAGGACGAGGCCAAGAAGGACGGCGGCGACCAGAAGAAGCCGCCAUUGCUGCCGAUGCCGCAUCACCUGCUGCCGCCGCCGCCCUACAUGUUCAGCAACCCGGAAUACAUGAUGAACCACUACCGCCCUCCGCCGCCGCCGCCGCCCGCCUACCAGCCGUACGUGCCGCCGCAGCAGCCCUACUACUACGUCAGGAACAUGAGCAUGGAGGAGAACCCCAACUCCUGCACCAUAUCCUGAAUUAAGUCUGGCCGCUAGCCCCCUUUGAGUUUGCGUGAGGGUCAUCUGUUACAUCUGUAUAGUGCUACUACUACUACUGCAUCUCGAUCGUAUUUACGGGAUGGAUUGACGAAUACGUUGAUUUGCAGCACCAAUUAAACCGGCAGUACACUAUGCAGAAGUACGAAUGAGCUAUUCUACCGUACCCCAAAUUAAUUUAGACUGUUCCUUUUUCUUGA